AUGCAAGCAGGCUUGCGCAGGGGCGAUGAAAGAGCUCCUAUAGCUAUGAAAACGCAGCUCGGAUGGAUCUUGUCUGGUAAUGCUGAAAGGUCAGACAGAAGGGAAACUUUUGUGUGCUUGCAAGCUGACGACCGUAUGAACGAACAAUUGAAAUCUUUCUGGGAGUUAGAGGAACCGCCUCAUGUUCUUCCUUGGUCUUCUGAGGACCAAUUGUGUGAAAAACACUAUCAAGCGAACACAAUUCGCCUCUUAGAUGGACGCUACCAGGUUAGGUUACCUAUGAAGCCUGACGCUCCCUCUGAUUGGGUCAAUUCGCACCAGAUCGCUCGCAGUUGUCUACUUUCGCUCGAAAGAAAGCUUGGUAAAAAUCCAUCUCUCUAUGCUGAGUAUAGCGCUUCGAUACAACAAAUGAUCAAGUCUGAUCAAAUGCGUAAGGUGUCCAUUGCAUCGCAAGAUUAUAGAUCGCAUUAUUUCCUGCCUCAUCACGCCGUCGUAAAGGAAAGUAGUACGACGACUCGCGUGCGCCCAGUCUUCAACGCUUCGGCUCGAAAUGCAGCAGGCCAUUCAUUAAAUGAGCACCUUAUGACUGGCCCCAAUUUAUUGCCGCAGCUCAUUCUGGUCUUGGCUCAUUGGCGCUGUUACCCUGUAGCUUUCGUAGCCGACGUUUCGAAGAUGUACCUGCAGGUGCGAAUACAUCCUGACGAUUGGAAGUUUCAAUCUAUACUUUGGCGAGACGAUCCAAAGAAGGAAAUCGAUAAUUACGUGCUCACAACUGUCACAUUUGGUUCUGGCCCUUCCGCUUUUUUGGCAAAUAGAACACUCAGACAAUUGGCAAGUGACGAGGGGGAAAAGUACCCUUUGGCUGUACCGAUUGUUCAUAAAGAAAUGUACAUGGACGAUGUUUUAUCCGGCGCUUGGGAUGUCGGCCUUGCCAAGCAAAAGCGUGAUCAGUUGAGCGCUUUAUUUGCUUCUGGAGGAUUUAGUCUUGCUAAAUGGAUGACUAAUGAUCCCGACUUGUUGAGCACCUUUUCCUCAGAAUCCUUAGCUAAGGAGGCUACACUCAAGGUCGGACUAGGGUUUUCAGUCCUCGGUCUCGUGUGGGAGCCUCGGAAGGAUGUAUUUCGUUUCAAUGUCUCCUUUGAGCCUUUGGUGAGUCCAGUAACGAAACGAAAGGUACUGUCAUGCAUCGCUGGUAUGUUCGACCCUUCGGGGUGGAUUGCGCCUGUUUUAAUCUCUCUGAAGAUUUUUAUGCAGUCCCUGUGGCUCUUAACGAAAGAGUGGGACGUUACAUUGCCUGCCGCUGAGGUGGAGAAGUGGCGAGCUUUUGAAGACGAUUUAAAAGGAUUGACUUCUCUCGUCAUACCUCGAUGGAACGGUGUAAUGAGCGAAGCGCUCAUUGAAUUACACGGCUUUGCGGACGCUUCAAAAUUCGCUUAUGCCGCUGUACUUUAUGUUCGAGUCAUUUAUCAAGGACGAGUCAGAGUCAACUUACUGGCGUCAAAGACUAAGGUGGCUCCGUUGAAAACUCAAUCGAUACCUCGACUAGAGCUUUGUGCUGCCCAUCUGUUGGCCAAGCUCGUAGCUUCCUUUGCAGCUACGGAGGACUUCAUGAGUGCCAAGAUACAUUUGUGGUCGGAUUCCAGGACUACCUUGCAUUGGAUUCACGGUAUACCUGCACGAUGGCCCGUAUUCGUGGCCAAUCGGUGCGCUGAUAUUAUCAAUCAGGUUCCUCAAGCGAAUUGGCAUUACAUCAACACGAAGCAAAAUCCUGCUGACUUGGCUUCGAGAGGGUGUACAGUCGCUACACUUCAGAACGCUCGCCUUUGGUGGUUCGGCCCUGAAGUACUCAUCUCGACUGUACAGCCUUGGGUCAAUGAAGAUUUUCCCGCUAAUCGAGACACGUCCGAUGAAAUUGAUAUACUCGAACGUGUUGUCUUGCUUCAAGAAGACUCCUGUCCUCAGGAUUGCGAGUUUCUAUCGCGUUUCUCGUCUUACUCUCGUAUGCAAAGAGUAAUGGUUUAUUGUCUGCGUUUCGUCACGAGACUCGCCGACAAGAGAAAUAUUUCAUUGAAGUUGCGUUUCAAAGCUGCAACGGAGAAUCGAAUAUCCGUUGAUGAGCUAAGUCAGGCUACAUUGCAGGCUUGUCGAAUGACACAAUCCGCUUUGCUAGCGGAAGAAAUACGAAGUGUUUCGUCGAAUCUUCCGCUGAGCAGGAAGCAUUCUCUGAGAAACCUGUGUCCGGUGGUUGUAGACGGACUGCUCAGGGUGGGUGGUCGACUGGACAAUGCUCAUAUAAGUGAUGAUUGCAAGCAUCAAGUUAUUCUACCGGCAAAGUGUCGAUUAGUUGAGCUUUUGAUAGACCACUUGCAUAAGAGAACGCUGCACGGCGGAACACGUCUAGUCAUCACACACCUUAGACAGUCCUUUUGGAUACCGAGAGUCACGAGUGUAGUUGGUACGCACUUGCGCAAAUGCGUCGUUUGUCUGCGUUAUCGUGCUGCUACCACUUCACAGCGCAUGGCCGACUUGCCUGCAGUGCGCGUCACGCCUUCCCGGCUUUUUGAAAGCUCUGGGGUCGACUAUGCGGGUCCAUUUCGUCUCAGAGCUUCCAAUCACAGAGGUAAUUUGUCAUACAAAGGAUAUAUGGCUAUAUUCGUGUGUAUGGCUACUAAAGCCGUACAUCUGGAGGCUGUCUCUUCUUAUGACACUGCUUCGUUUAUAGCUGCAUUUAGGCGCUUUACCUCUCGCCGAGGUCCUUGCCUGCAUUUAUACAGUGACCGAGGUACAAAUUUUGUGGGUGCUGAUGCUGAGUUACGUCGCAUGCAUAAAAAAGGUUCGGAGUUUUACGACUCUAUCUUCACGCAAUUGCGCGAUCAUCAAGGAACAACUUGGCAUUAUAACCCUCCGGGUUCACCACAUUUUGGAGGCUUGUGGGAAUCAGGCGUCAAAUCAGUGAAACAUCAUUUAAAGAGAAUGAUAGGCGACUCGUUAUUGACCUACGAAGAGNCUUACAGCUCGCCGAUCCAAACUUUGCUCGGCCUGGCAGAGUCGAUUUGUUAUUGA